AUGCAUAUUACAGUGAAGAUCACUACACGUAAAGGCACUACAUUUAUAAAUACUAUAAUAAUUAUUAUUUCUUCUGCAGAGAUUGAUAAACUUCUCAGAUCAAUUGGGAAAUCACUAAGCCAGUAUGCACAACUGCCUCAACCUCCAUCUUCAUUUCUUCAUCGUGGUUUAGAUAACCUGAUAAAGGAUGAGACAAGUUACGAUGUCCAAGUAAUGGAAGAAGAGUUCAACAAGCUUUUCCCACACUGUAAUGCUGAGCAGCUUGAGGUUUUUAAUGCAGUGUUCAAUUCUGUUCAAAAUGGUGAAGGCCGACUGUUUUUUGUCUACGGAAGUGGUGGUUGUGGUAAGACGUAUGUCUGGAAAACUCUUAUUUAUAAAUUAAGAUCAAUGGGAAAGAUUGUUUUGCCAGUUGCGUCUUCGGGUAUCGCUGCCACUUUAAUGCCUGGUGGUAGGACGGCACACUCUAGAUUCAAGAUCCCAAUUGUUCUCGAUGAAGAUUCCUGCUGUUCAAUAUCUCACAACUCUGAUAUUGCGGAGCUUAUAAAAAACACGAGCCUCAUUAUAUGGGAUGAGGCCCCAAUGCAGCAUAGGUAUGCUUUUGAGUGUCUUGAUAGAACACUUCGAGAUAUCAUGAAAUCUGUUAGUCCUGAAAGAGGACAGAUGGUAUUUGGAGGAAUCACUGUGCUGCUCGGUGGUGAUUUUAGGCAAAUUCUUCCUGUCAUAAACCUUGGUUCUAGGGGUGAAAUUGUUUCAGCCUGUAUCACAAGAUCCAAGUUAUGGUGUGUUGCUCAAAUUUUUAUUCUGAAACAGAACAUGCGUUUAAACCAAGGCUGCACAGAAGAGGAGAGAGAGAACUUAAGGAUUUUUGCAGAGUGGGUUCUCAAACUUGGCGAUGGUAAGCUCUCCCCACCAAUUGAUGAUUCUCAGCUGUUUGAAGAAGAUGAUUUCGAAGUACCUGCAGAUUUUUGUGAUAUAGAGACAAACAAUACCAUUGAAAACAUGAUUAAAUGGACUUAUCCUGAUUUUGAGACUUCAUAUCAAAGCCCGAAAUACCUGAGUGCCAGAGCUAUAUUAACCCCCACAAAUCUGACUGUUGGUCACUUGAAUUCUGUCAUUGUUGAUACUAUUCCUGGAGAUAAUAUGUCAUAUUACAGUGUUGAUAAAGCUGAGGAUUUUGGUGGAACUGCCUCUGAUUUGAAUUUUGCAUUCCCUCCCGAGUAUUUAAAUUCAUACAACAUUCCAGGGCUUCCACAACAUCACAUGAAGCUAAAGGUUGGUGUUGCUGUAAUGCUCAUGCGGAACCUAAACCAAACUCUUGGUCUUUGUAAUGGAACCCGAAUGAUGGUUACCAAAUGUUUGAAACAGUGUGUUGAGUGCGAAGUGAUAUGUGGUGCUUUCGUGGGUAGCAGACACUUCAUUCCAAGGAUGGAGCUUUAUCCAACCGAGACAAAACUGCCAUUCAAGUUGGUAAGGAAACAAAUGCCAUUGCAAAUUUGCUACUCAAUGACUAUUAACAAAUCACAAGGACAGUCUCUGGAAAGAGUUGGUUUGUUUCUCCCCAAACCAGUUUUCACUCACGGUCAAAUGUAUGUAGCUGUGAGCCGCGUUACAUCUCCAGAGGGCCUCAGACUAUUCAUUGAUUCCAACACUGGUGCACCAACAAACAUCACGCAAAAUAUUGUUUUCAAGGAAGUUUUCUAUAAUCUCCCGAAAGUCUAG